AUGGAAGCCGCCCAAGUAUUGCAGCCAGAAAGCAACCCCAAUAUUCCCGAGUUUGGCGCCGGUGACACGGUACGCGUGAAUUUCCGGAUUCGUGAAGGUGAAAGAGAGCGUAUCCAGGCGUUUCAGGGUGUGGUAAUUCGCCGCCAGAACGGUACUGGACCUUCGGCCAACUUUACCGUGCGCCGCAUGGCCGGCGGUGGUAUCGGGGUAGAGAGGAUUUUCCCCCUUUACUCUCCCUUGAUAGACUCCCUUGAAGUUACCCGCCGGGGCGCCGUGCGUCGGGCCAAGCUCUACUACCUGCGUGGCUUGCAGGGUCGCGCCGCUCGUAUUAAGGAAAAGACCGUCCCCCGGCGGCCCCGGGGGCCAAGCGCCAGUUAG